UCGCGUUUGUUCAGAAGGAGGGUAAGAAAAAACAAUAUUAAGAAAAGAGAAGAAAAAAAGUCGUCUAUACAGGACCAAACUACGUCGUUGUGUGGCUGGUAGAAGAGAAGAAGAGAAGGCCGCGCGACGGCGGGAGGGUUGCAGCAGUCACAGUCGGCAGAAGCAGAGCAGACGAUCGAGCCAUGGGAGACGAUGCUUAUAGCAGAUACGCCGCCUCGGCAGAUAGAGGAAGUGUAGCAAGGUCUAGCCAUUCAACCUACUCUGAAGCACCUCCUUUGUCGACAUCUUACCCUAAUGCGGCCUCUAUCGAUCAGUGGCACACCCCUCCUGAUUAUUUGCAGAAAGAUACAAAUUCAUCAGGAACUGGGGCUUAUGGGUAUGCUGACAUAGGGGACAUUAGAAAUUAUCCAGAACCAGUGAUUGGCGGUGUGACAUCUGGAGUGACUGCAAAGGGAUACACAUCUCCUUUUGAAGAUUCAUUAGCAAGUCAAAGACAAGAAAUUGCAGUGGGCAGCAGUCCAGGGCUGUUGGGUAUGGCUGACAUGGGUCAUGAAAGGGCCAGUUCUCUCGGUCUCAGGAAUGCUGAAUGUGUUCCAAUCUCAACUCGGGAAUCGAAUAUUCUUUUUGUUGAUGGACUUCCUACAGAUUGUACUAGAAGAGAAGUAGGCCAUCUUUUCCGCCCCUUCAUUGGCUAUAAAGAUAUCAGAGUUGUUCACAAGGAGCCCAGACGAAGUGGAGAUAAGGCUGCGGUAUUAUGCUUUGUAGAGUUCGUUGAAGCAAAGUGUGCGUGGGCUGCUAUGGCAGCUCUUCAAGGCUAUAAGUUCGAUGACAAGAAACCUGAUUCCCCAGCCUUGAAGGUUCAUUUUGCACAUUUUCCUUUCCGUUUACCAUCUAACCAUGAAGAUGGGCGAUGAAUGAGUGCAUAUCCAACUCCUUCUGGAACUACGGAAUUCUGAAGGGAAUGACAGGUUUUUGACUGGCACUUUCAUGAUACAACUUAUUGAGUAACCUUGCAGGAUCGAUACACGAUUUCCUGGUUUUUAGGUGUUUUGUAGAUCCUAUGGACUGGUAAAGUUCAUCCCGAACGCAGUCGAAAUUCAAAGCGGUAUGAAGGAAGCAUUUGGGAAAAAUGGUUGUUAUUACCAUGAUAUCAUAUUAUUAUUACAAGUAGUUUUCAGUUUUUCUCGUGGGCUUUGAUGAGCGAGUGCAUACAAGCUCUCCCUCCCUUUACUAUGGGAGAAAAAUAAAAUGGGCUUUUUCCAAA